AUGAUGCUAGACAAGCUGGAGAUUUCUAUGCCUUUUGUGGAUGUAGUGACUCAGAUUCUUUCAUACAAGAAAUUCUUGAAGGAUAUUCUGAGUAACAAGAAGAAGUUAGAGAAGAGUGCAGUGGUGGAUCUCAGUGAGGGAGCUUUGACUUGUGCAGUUCUCCAACAGAAAUUGCCUCCCAAGCUGAAGGAUCCAGGAAGUUUCACCAUUCCUUGUAUCAUUGGGGGAUUUGUAGUGGGUAGUGCUUUAUGUGAUCUGGGUGCCAGUGUUAGCCUUAUGCCAUAUUCUCUUUGUAAGAGGCUUAACCUGGGCAACCCCAAGCCUACUACUAUGACUCUCCAGAUGGCGGACCGAUCCAUUAAGCGCCCAGUAGGAGUUCUUGAGGACAUCCCGGUGAUGGUUGAUCAGUAUUUCAUACCGGGAGAUUUUGUGAUUCUUGAUAUGGAGGAGGAUACCAAGAGGGGAAAGCUUGUGAUGGAGGUGGCUGGCCACAAAAUUGAGUUUGAUAUUUUUAAGAUGGCCAAGCACCAACCCUCUUACAUCAAUGAGUGUCACAUGGUUGGAGUGUUGGAGCAGUGCAGUGCAGAGGUGGAGGAAGAGGAGAAUGAGGAUUCCUCUGAACCAGUUGAAGAGGAGCAUGAAGAUUCACUAGAAAUAGUUGUUUCUCUUGCUCCAUUUGAAGAAGAGCAGGCCCCGAAGGUAGAAUUGAAACCUUUGCCUUCUAGUUUGGGAUAUGCAUUUCUUGGCUCUAGUUCUACUUAUCCUGUGAUCAGAAGUUCCUCUCUGGAGGAGGAGCAAGUUGAGAGAUUGUUCGCUGUGCUUAAUGUUAGGAACAUAAUGUAA